AGCCACCAGCCAUGGUGUUCUGGGGUCUCCUUUCCCUCCUCCUUUUUGCCGUGGCCAGCGGGACCCCCAUCGGGAACCAGGAUGAGGAUAUCCAAGUGCAGGAGAGCUUUGAGGCUGAGCGGAUGUAUGGGAAGUGGUAUGACAUCGCCAUCGGCACAACCUGCACCUGGAUGAAGAACUACAAGGAGAAGUUCAGCAUGGGCACACUGGUGCUGGGUCCUGGCCCCACUGAUGACCAGAUCAGCACCACCAGCACCAGGCUGCGGCAAGGGGACUGCAAGCAGACCUCAGGAGAGUACCAGAAAACCAGCACCCCUGGCAAAUACACCUACUACAACCCCAAGUGGGAUGUGUCCAUCCAGUGCUACGUGCUCCGCACUGACUAUGACCAGUAUGCUGUCAUCCUGAUGAAGAAGAAAAGCAGCUUUGGCCCAAGCACCAGCCUGAAGCUCUAUGGGAGGAGUCCGGAGCUGAGGGAGGACCUCAUUGAGGCUUUCCAGCAGCUGGCUCUGGAGAUGGGCAUCCCUGCAGACUCCAUUUUCAUCCUGACCAACAGAGGUGAAUGCAUUCCUCAGGAGACUGCAGCUGCCCCCCAGAGGGCACGGAGAGGCAUCCUGCCCCCCGAGGAGGGCUCUGCGGCCGGACCCCUGCCCCCAUACACCGGCAAUAAGGAAGACUCCUGCCGGCUGGGCCGGGACGCGGGGCCGUGCAGCGGGAUGCUCUCCCGCUUCUUCUACAACUCCUCCUCCAUGGCGUGCGAGACCUUCCUGUAUGGCGGCUGCCUGGGCAACGGCAACAACUUCCCCUCGGAGAAGGAAUGCCUGCAGGCCUGCCGCACCGAGGCUGCUUGCAGGCUGCCCAUCGCCCCGGGGCCGUGCCAGAAGCCGGUGACUCGCUGGGCUUUCGACGCGGCCCAGGGCAAGUGCAUCACCUUCAGCUAUGGAGGCUGCAAAGGCAACGGGAACCAGUUCUACUCGGAGAAAGAGUGCAAGGAGUACUGCGGGGCCCCUCCGCUGGCAGAGGACGAGGAGUUUCUGCACCUGCCAAACUGA